AUGAUAACUUCCGAGCAGCAAUCUAACAGCUACGGAGCUGUGGAUGUGCAUGUAUGCAGCGAUGAAGAAUCGCAACAGACUGAACUGCUCACGACGACAUACCAAAAUGACGGAGUCGGCUGCGUUGCAAACCUUCCUGAUGGCUUCUUCGAGUCCGUCAAGUUCGAUGCAGGUGGACAACAAGACCAUGGCGGCACGGCUACGAUCUUUAGUGAAGUCAUGAACAUUUCCAAGAAUCUUUUGGGAGCAGGCGUCUUGUCCAUGAGUGGAGGUAUCGCCAUGUAUGCCAGCAACCCAUGGGCUGUGCUCAGCGGAUCCUUUUGGAUUGUGCUACAAGCAGCCAUCUUUGGGUACUUUUGCAUCGUCAUUGCCAAGGUUUGCAAAUUUACAAAGAGUAAAACAAUCCGCGAAUGUUGGGAAAAAACCAUGGGAGAUCGAUUUGCAGUUGCGAUUGUGGUUGUGAUUGGACUCAAUCCUCUUCAAGGGACGCUGGCCUAUUCGUCCAUUCUCUCUCAGACAUUCCGCUCCUUGUCCGCAAGCCUCAAUGUUGAGUUUACGCACGUGGAGUCCCUCCUGGUCGUGACUAUUUUCGGUCUUCUUCCGCUUUGCUUGAUGAAGAAUAUCGAUGCACUUGCUCCCUUUUCCAUCUUGGGCACGGCCAGUGUCCUGCUGACCGCCCUGGGAAUGAUUUACCGUUGCUUGGAUGGAUCCUACAGCCCCGACGGCAUCUACUAUCACGAUCUCUCCCCAAAGAUGCGCCCUUCUUUUGGAGACUACAAUGAACCAUUCAGCAUGAAAGUCAUGCCUUUGGUUUGCAUGAUCUUUGAAGCCUAUGUGAUGCACUACAACUCUCCUCGAUUCUAUAUGGAACUGAAGGACCGAAGCAUCCCCCGCUUCACACGAUGCGUGGGUGGUGCCUUUGGCCUUUCGGCUUCGGUCUAUGUCGCCAUUGCCUCCGCUGGCUUUCUGACCUUUGGUGCCAACAGUGACACGUACAUUUUGAACAAUUAUUCACACAAAGAUCCCGUGGCAACAAUUUGCCGCCUCCUAGUGGGCAUUAGUGUCUUGACAAUUUAUCCAAUGGCGUUCAUUGGAGUCCGCGAUGCCGUGUUGGAUGUCAUCAAGAUCCCGGUGGAGCGACAGACAAACUUCUUCCUCAAUGCAUUGACCGUCGCGCUCCUCUCUCUCAUCACCUUCACAGCAGUAUUUGUAACGGAUUUGGGUGUCAUCAACAGCGUGGGAGGAGGCUCUGUAGCUGUAAUGAUGUGCUUUGUCUUCCCGGCACUAAUGUUUCAAAAGACAAUCAGUGGCCUUGGCAGCAUGGCGCUGGAUGGUCAACAUGUGGAAGUGAAAGUUGUCAUGCUAUUGAUGACUGUUGGUUGUAUUAUUGGAAUCGCAGGUGUGGCCACGGAACUGGCACUCUAUGAAGGCUAA